AUGAUCCGACCUGUGGACAUGAUGGGCAAUGGGGGCUCCGACGUGCUUCCUCGUGCGCCAAGCGGUAGCGCACUGAGCGAGCGCUCUCCUCUGCUUCGUGCAAUGGGUCAUGGCGACUCGACGUCUUUCGAGGGAUCGUACAUGUCCAUGCCUGCGCCCUCGAGCGACAAUGGACGACUCUCCGACACGGGCCAGUUCCAGCCGCUGAUCUUCGCGGAGAAGGCAUUGGCCGCGCUCUUAAAUGGGGUGUUACUGUACGCUCUUGGUUGCGUCGUGGGAGUGGCACUGGUGUCGCUCAACUUCGAAGGUGUCUUAGGCGCACGUGUCAACUGGUGGCUGAUCUUCUUACCAUUCUGGCUUGCCAAUGUGGCAAUGCUGUACGCACAUAUAGCGUCUAUCCGUCAUGCCAAGACACUGCGACGUUGGGCUGACGUGGAAUCCAUGAGCAACGAGCCGCUACUGCCGCUUCUCCGUCGUAUUGUACUGGUCUAUGCUAUCAGUGUCCCUCUCACGGUACUACUUCUCUGGAGCGAGUUGGCAUUUUGUGCCAGUCUGCAAAACACAGCGGCCACUAGUCUCUACAUCUGCUACGCGCCACUCAUGGUCAUUCAAGUGGCGUUUGUAGUCCGAUAUCUACUCUGCAGAUCCGACAGCACGUUGCCGGGAGUAUGCUGGGUCCUCAUGUUUGUUUUCACACUGCUACUAGCGUACCAGACUGACACUCAACGAAGAUUCGGAUCGCUAGACACGACGCCGCCUCCAGUAUCAUGGUGGAUCGUGUUUGCGCCACUGUUCGUCUUUGAGUUGCUUAUGACGGGGUCACUAUUGCUGGUACUGUACAACGAGUUUGCCGGUAUUUACCGGUUGACUCGGUGGCAACUGGCAGCGAGUGUACUGUACUCACUGGCUCUUGUUGCGGGAGUGAGUGGCGAGCUUAUGUUGCUGGAGCAAGUGGAUUAUCACUGGGGGACAUUCACUUUCCCUUCAGGAAUGAUGUUCUUCGGACUCGUAUGUGCAUGUGUAGCCAUGUAUAUUGUGGGUCGUCACCACGUAGAAGAGCUCAUGGCUUCUAAGGGCGGUGCAGUGCCUGUGCCCCUUACAAGAACAGCAGACGGGUGGAUUACCAGUCAUGCAGUUGUCGAGCAGUGGGUUCUCUUCGGAGAUAUCUACCUCACUGCACAGGGUCUGCAAUUACGUAAUCAGAAGACAAGAAGCAACUCUGAAGUCGAGUCGGAGGCAACUGGCAGUCGCAUCUUGCGGCAAAUGAAGGGCCUUUUAACCCGAGUUGCCUCGGAGGAAAACAUUGGCGACAACGACCCAGAACGUCGUAUCCGGAAUGUGUUGCGACGAAAGACGUCGGGUAGCUACAGUGACGUCAUGCUCGAAGUCGUGGAUACGCCGAGAACUCCCAAUGAUAGCAAACGUUAA